CCUCUUCCGGAACUGGUUCGUGAAGCUCCUCCAUAUCAGCACUUGGCCUCAGCUACGGGAGCCGCAGUGGCGGUGCAGGCGCGCUGGGGAUACCCCGGAUCCCCGGAGAGGCGGCGCCUCGCGGUCUGGAGACUGGCUCCGAGCCCGGGCUAGCCAUGACGAGUGACUCCUCGGCGUCGGCGGCACCGCCCCGCGGGCCUGGGGCGCCCCUGAGUAGCAGCGAGCCGGUGCGCAGCGUCCCCGCCGCGCCAGCGGCCGCGGCCCUGCUGGAGGAGGCGGCCGACCUGCUGGUGGUGCACCUGGACUUCCCCGCGGCGCUGCGCACCUGCGAACGCGCCUGGCAGAGCCUGGCCGGCGACGCCGGGGCAGAGGCGCCUGCGAACACCUCUUUGGAGGUGAAAUGCUCCCUGUGUGUUGUGGGGAUACAGGCCAUGGCAGAAAUGGAUCGGUGGCAGGAAGUCCUGUCCUGGGUUCUUCACUAUUACCAGGUCCCUGAAAAGCUGCCCCCCAAAGUUCUGGAGCUGUGUGUUCUUUUAUACAGCAAAAUGCAAGCGCCUGGAGCUGUGCUGGAAGCUGUCAGAGCCUGGCUGCAGGACGCUGACAAUCAGGGCCUUUCUGAGUACACAGCCUUGGCCGAACUCCACGUGCAGCGCGUGCUGCUGCCUCUGGGCUGCUGGUCGGAGGCUGAGGAGCUGGUGGUGGGCUCUGCAGCCUUCAGUGAGGAGCAGCAGUUGGGUGUGCUCCAGGCCAUCAGCUUGGGGAGACAGCAGAAACACCAGCCCUUGGUGUCCGCGGAGGCCCAGAAACUGAAUGGAGAAGGCUCCUUAUCCCACAAGUUCCUGUCACUGCUGACGCUGCUCCGCCGGCUCUGGGACUCUGCGGUGAGCUGCUGCUUUUCUCUGCCCUUCAGAAAGAGCCUCCUGGCUGCCUUGAUCCUCUGCCUCUUGGUGGUGAGGUUUGAUCCAGCAUCUCCUUCUUCCCUGACUGUGCUGUACAAGCUGGCUCGCGUCUUCUACCGGAUCCGGGGGGCCAUGUGUUCUCCUCUCUGCUGGCCUCCUGUCCACAACUGAGUGGUCUCCCCUGCCCCACCCUCUGGCCUCACAUCCGCCCCAACGGAAGCAGAGUGCUGCGUGGCAGCCUCAUUCCUGCUGAUGGCCAGGCCCCUACGCACGGGGCUGGGCUGCCUCAUUCUAGAAAGAGCCACCUAGGCUGCCUGCCUGAUGCUGUCUCCUUCAUGCCCCACUCUCGCUGGUGCUAUAGGUAAUGUGGAAACAAAGGGGAGCCAGGGGACACAAGUCCUCAGGAGCAGUCUCCCUUAGGCCCAGAGGCCCCCCGCCAAGCACAGGUUGGGAAGGGAGAGUGCGUCCACGAAUCAUUCUGUCUUGGGGACAGCGGGGAGUUUCUGUUUCAGGGUAGGGUGUUAAUGAAGCUGGAAGAUCAGAAAAACCUUGUUGCAGUGGCUCUUGGCAUUUCACUUCCUUGGAAAACUGACCUCUGAGAAAGCUUCCAAGGCAGGCCCUUGAUCAGGCAGAGUGAUGUCCAGGAGGGCCUUUUCCUUCUCUUCUGGUCCCCACUGGUCUGCUCAGUCACCUGCCAGUGCAGCGCCCUGUGGUUUGGCAGUGGGGCCCUCUCUGUGGCCAGGCCAGGGCAUGACUGCCAGAACCGCCAGGUGCCCAGCUCUUCUCACUGGGUAAAGCGUCCUUGCUGGGUGCCUCCUGGGCUUCAGCUCCGUUUUCCGGUUCCAAGCCCUGCUCUGUUACACCCAGCAUCCUUGCCCUCUCCCCCCAUCACACCCUCCCCUGCCUCGCAGGAGUGCUUUUGUACUUGGAUGGCAGUUUCCUAGGUUCUGCCUGCAUCCUUGCCUCCCGGGUACACGACGGUCCUGCCUCCCCACUUUGUAUGUCCCGUUGUUCUAGUUACAUUUAUUGUUUGUAUGUUACACACAUUUCUCUGCUCCUGUGACCUUGAAAAGUGGGCCAGCCUCAGAGGCUGAGGAGCUGAAAGGGGAACUGGGUGCGAGGUAAUGUGAGCUGCGAAGGGGAUGGCAGAGCAACACAGGGUUUGAAGGCAGCCAGUGAUUUUAUUCAUUGUUGGGGAGGAGGCCCUGGGGCCAGAGUGUUGGAGUAGCUGCCAUGUUUCAGUGUUUUCUGUUGUUGGCCGCACGAAUCUGACAUGUUUCUGCACAAGAAAAUGUAAAACAUUACUCUGCUGUCAGGACUGUGAGAGGCUCCUCGCAGGGCUGGCCUUUCUCCAGAGGCCAAGGAAACUGCCCCCUACCUGACCUCAGUGAAUGUUGAUGCAGAGAAUAUAGAAGGCGCUGGUUAGCUAGUUUGUCAUUGGUUGAUAUUCAGGAGUUUCAAGUCACCUGUCUCUUUAGUAAAACAGGUACAGUAAGUACACUUUGCAGGAGAUUAAGUCCCUGAGAUAUGGUCCAACUGUAUAGGAAACAAGAGUAUGCUUUCCCACACGGGCUUUUUUUUUUUUGGUAUCAUUAAUCUGCAAUUACAUGAAGAACAUUAUGUUUACUAGGCUCCCCCCUUCCCACAUGGGCUUUUAAAUUGUUAAGAGCCCUGGGAAGAGGAAGGGGGAGGGUGAGCUUUGAGGUGUUUCCUUCAGAAUGAUUUCGUAAAGUGAAAGUCUGGUUCUGUGCACUACCCUAGAGAAAGCUAUUUAGUGGCGUCCUGUGGCCCAUAGGAUGAAACGCAGGUCACCCUGCAUGGAGUUUAAGGCCCCCUGUUCUUGCGUUCAGCAGACACCUCCAGUCUCUUGGGGGCCCUGUGCUUUCUGCAUACUGCCCUCCGCUGCCCGGUGGGCUGUGGUUUUCUGAGCACUGCACCAUCCUUCACACCCCUGUGCACCUAGAACAUGCUCUUCCUGUUGGAGGCCCGGCCCCCAGAUGCCUGGUGAGCCCCUCAGCUUUCUUCACUGACUUAAGGGCUGCUUUGGGAAUCCUUUUGCUAUGUCCCCUGCUUCCAGGCCCGUGCCCACAUCACUGCUAUGGUAGUGACCCUUUGGCCCUGAUAGGUCAUUUGUUGCUCCCAGUAACUGAGCUCCUUGAAGUUGGGGAUGUGGCUGGUUGCAGCCCUUCACAGCCAGGCCUGCAUCCCUGCUCUACCCCACUAGGUGUGUGACUGCUGGGUAGAGAGCAGCCACCAGGCCGCAGCCUCUCAUCCGGGCCUAGUUCCCCUGCAGAGGGGCAUCUGGAUGGGUAGCUGGGGUCCUGCUUAUGAAGAGCGAGCAUGUCAUCCUGCCUCAAGUACAAGCUCUUGUGUGAGGCAGCUGUGCCUCUGCUGCUCAGCCCAGUGCCUGGAAUUAGAAGGUGUUCAGAGGUGUCCACAUGAAUGAGUAUACAUUCCUGGCAUGUCAAAAGGUCUGUGUUUUGUAUUGUGAAAACCCUGAGGACAGAGAAGGCCUGGCUGCCCAGUUCAUAUUUUGGGCGCCCCCUGAAGACCCUGUUCCUACCCGGCUCCAGGCCUCUGGGUUCUGCAUUUCACGGUUUUCUUGCACUCUACAAUGUCCUCUGCUCACCAGUCCUGGCGGACCUCCUGGUCAUAUGAGGAGCUCGGAGCCUGAGCUGCCCGGGUUGCUCUGCCCCUGUGAGGACACAGGCUGGCGCUCACGUCGGCGUUCAGGUCUGGGCUUGAUGAGGCCAGGAGGGAGGGGAGGGCAUCCUUGUUAGAGUCACACCUGUGCUGGCCAUUAGCCACAUGUGGCUUUGAGCACUUGAAAUAUGGCUGGUCCAAAUUGAGAUGUUUUGUAAAUGUAAAA